UAUUAUUACAUUUAAUAACAGCUGUCUUCAGCCAAAACAAAAAAAAAUGUCUCAAAUUCGUCGUGAGGUAAUAAAAGCUUUUCGAAGACUACACCGCACUCGACAGUAUAUAUUUGCGGGGGAUGACCAUGCCUUGGAAGCUGGUCGAAAAGAAAUCAAUGCUCACUUCAAGAAAAAUAUGCAAGAAACAAAUGCGGACAACAUUAAAAAGAUGAUACAAUUGGCAUGGGAUGUGGACAAAGAAUUGCGCACAAAUGUAAUACAAGCCAAGAAGAAGGAAGAGGGUGUAUAUGAAUUGCGUAUUACACCUGAGACUACACGCCUGGACAACAUAGUGUUUAACCCGGAUGCUGUCAUAGAACCACCACGUCGGCGAAAAGGUCAAGCCAGCGGAUGUUGUGGAGAAGCAAACAAAGAUGCUGGAGAUCAAAAGUGAUUACUCUCGUUCCUUAGUUAAAAAUAAAAUGAUAGUUAAAUUUUGUUCUUAAUUUUUACAUAUAUUUUGCCAAAGUCAUGUGAGCGCCAAUUUCAA